AUGGACUCUAAAUCUUUCCCCGUGCCGAACUCGACUACGUCCUUCUGGCGAUCAGACCCUCAUCCAUUCGACAGUCAUCGAAGCACCGAAAAUCUCCCUUCCGCAGCAGAUGUCGUGGUCAUCGGCGCCGGCUAUGCUGGUGCCUCCACUGCUCACCAUCUCCUCCAACACACCGACUUCGCUCAUGGACAGCGCUCAAUGCUCAUUCUGGAAGCUAGAGAGGCAUGCUCGGGAGCUACAGGUCGCAAUGGAGGCCAUUUGAAUGCUGAUCCCUAUAAUCGAGCAGCCACAGCUCUGGAAUCUGUUGGCAAGGUCGCGGCCGAUGAAGCCACGCUGUUCGAAGUCCGACAUAUGAAGGCCGUUGGCGAUCUCAUCAAGCGGGAGAACAUCGAUUGUGAUUUCGUCAUGACGAGAGUGACGGAUGUCUGUUUAUAUGAGGAAGGUGCUACGAGGCAGAAGACCAAGAUUGAAAAGCUGACUGCAGCUGGAGUCGCCGGAUUGGACGAUGUGUUCUUUAGCGAUCACAAGACCGCGGAAAGGGCUUCUGGCAUCAAAGGGGCCAAGGGUUGUGUGAGCCAUACAGCUUGUCAUCUCUACCCCUACCGCUUCGUGAUGCACCUACUCCGAUCCGCCGUGGCGCAAGGGGUCAAUCUACAAACGCAUACCCCCGUGGAAGCUGUGUCCAGCGAGCCGGACAAAGAAGGCAGAUGGACGGUCCAGACGCCCCGAGGAGCAGUCCUUGCGUCCAAGGUCGUCUUCGCAACCAACGGCUACACCACCGCUCUGCUACCAGAACUCGCGCAGAAGAUCGUCCCCGUCCGCGGCAUCUGCAGCCGCAUUGUCACGCCGAAGCCAUACCCACCAUACCUUCCGACGAGCUCUGUCUUGCACUUCUCCGACCAUGAAUACGACUACUUGAUCCAACGAUCGGACGGCAGCAUCAUCGUUGGCGGUGCGCGGCAGGGUUUUUACAACGACCUCGGAUCUUGGUUCGAUGUGUAUGAUGACAGCGAGCUGAUGGAGUCGGCGGAGAAGUACUUUGACGGGUACAUGCAGCGCAACUUCCACGGCUGGGAAGAUAGCGAGGCUUACACGGACAAAGUGUGGACGGGAAUCAUGGGCUAUACCGACGAUGGCUUCCCGUAUGUCGGCAACGUACCCGGCAAACAAGGCCAGUUCGUGGUCGCCGGCUUCUCAGGCCAUGGAAUGCCGCAAGUCUUCUUGUCUGCCAAGGCUGUUGCUUCGAUGAUUGCGGAUGAUGCGAGACUCGAAGACGUCGAUCUUCCCCAGUUGUACCACUCGACAUCCGAACGCUUCGCUUCGAAACAGCGGCAUAUUUCCCUCCAGGCCUUCGAUGCUGUGAUGCAGAAGAUAGGGCCGAAGAAUUGA